CGCUUUUCACCCUCUGUGCCCCGUUGUUCUUCACUCCGCUGAGACUCAUUUUUAGUUCGUGCUGCGAAAUCAAAACCGCCUCUUUUUCCUUUUUCUUUACUUCUUUGUUUACGGGACUUGCUUUGAUUUCACUGGUGCAAUUUUCAAGGCUCCCUUUAUACGCCAUUGUUGGAUUCGCGUCGCUCUCACCCGCCGAGAAUAUUUCUCUUGGAUAAUUGGAUUCAUUUAUUUGGCUUCGAUCGGAGUGUUAGGCGCGACCUCAGGCGAUGGUCCGUACGGCUUCUAGAUCGCCAUCAAGCUGGCGGAGGCGCUCUCCCUCCCCGGUCAGUCAUAGGUACAGCAGCAGCUGGAGAAGAAGACGUGAUCGGAGCAGAUCUCCUUAUUCACAUAGGCGAAGAACUCCAUCUCCAUCCUCCAGGUGGCACAAAAGCCGUUCUCCAACUCCUUGGCGGAGAAAAAGCCGUUCACCAUCUCCUAGGAGACACAAAAGACAAAGAAGUAGGACCACCACACGGUCUCCUUCUAGCAAGUCUCAGAGUCCAGUUGUGCGGUCAGUAGAUCACAAUAGUUCCUUUGAGAAACUAAGAAAAGAAGAUGAAGAAAAGAGAAGGCGUCAAAAGGAAGCAGAAUUGAAGCUAUUAGAAGAUGAGACUGCUAGAAGAGUUGAAGAAGCUAUUAGAAAAAAGAUUGAAGAAACCUUGAACUCUGAGGAGGUGAGGCUGGAAAUACAGAAACGGAUUGCGGAAGGUAGAAAGAAGCUACUUGAGGAGGUUGAAGUCCAACUUGAGAAAGAGAAGGAGCAAGCUCUUAUUGAAGCUAGGAAAAAAGCGGAGCAAGAACGGAGAGAGAGAGAGGAGUUGGAUAAGAUGUUGGAGGAGAAUCGAAGGAAGGUAGAAGAAGCUCAGAGAAGGGAAGCUCUGGAACAACAACAGAAAGAGUUAGAGCGUUAUCAAGAACUGGAACGGCUCCAGAGACAGAAGGAAGAAGCCAUGCAGAGGAAGAAAAUGGAAGAAGAAGAGGAGAAGACAAACCAAAUGAAGCUUUUAGGCAAAAAUAGAGCUCGGCCUAAGCUUUCAUUUGCUAUUGGUCUCAAGUAAGAAAUUACCCAACUCUUUUUCAGAAGUACUGGAAAAGAAGAUUCUAUAAUUCGCGAGAGAUUAUUCUGUGCAGAUAUCAGACACUGUUUAUCGUUUAGAGGUCAAUCAGGUUCAGUCACGUCAUCCAGUACCGAGCUACGUACCUAGUAGGGGUGAUGUGGCACAUUUUUAUUGGACUCUGGACAACAUUCGGUAUCCGCACCUAAUAAUUUCACUUAAUUCGCUGCUAUUGUUUAGCCUUGCUGUGCAUCCUUUUUAAUAUUUGUUUAUAAUGUAUAUAUUAGAUGGCCUUCUCUUUUUUCCCUAUAACAUUUCUUCUGGUUUUAUUCCCUGCAUA